CACAUCGGACGAAUAUCCCCCACCAACAUCCCCGCUCCAAGACUAGCUCGACAUCAUCAACCUCAUAGUGUCUCCUACUCUUCUUCAAUCAUGGACUCAAUAAUACCCGGGGACCACAAGGCCGCCAUGCAACGCGCCCUCAGCUUGGCCGACAAAUCUCCUCCAAAACCGACCAAUUUCCGCGUGGGGGCUCUCAUCGUCCGGCUCAGCGAUAACGCUGUCCUCGCUGAGGGCUACACCCUUGAACUUCCUGGAAACACUCAUGCUGAGGAGUGCUGCCUGCUAAAGCUAGCCGAGGAACACAAAACGUCAGAAGAGGGCCUGGCCGAUGUGAUGAAAGGCCCUCAUGCUCUUUACACCACCGUCGAGCCGUGCUUCAAACGCCUCAGUGGCAAGCUUCCAUGCGUGGAAAGGGUUUUGCGUCAGAGCUCAUGGAUCACCACAGUCUAUGUGGGUGUUCUAGAACCAGAAACUUUUGUUGGCCAGAAUACAGGGCUCCAAAUGCUCAAGGCUGCCAGCAUCAAUGUUCACCACGUCGACGGCCUGGAGGAAGAGAUUCUCAAAGUUGCGACUGUAGGGCACAUUGCUGCUUGAGAAGGAUUCCAAGUGGUAAUUCAUGAGUGGUCCAAAUUACAUGUGGUCUAUGUCAUUUGCUAGAUCCACAAUCAGAUCGAGGGGACCUCGUUUCUUGGAAUCAUCUCUAGAGCGCUGCCCCGCCACCAUUCCCCAUCCAUCACCCUUUUUGGGUCUCAGUUGGGGCUGCCAGGAUGGCU